UGUAAAAAUGGCGAAACGGCGUAUUUAUAACGGUGUCUACAAAACCUCUUACUCGCCUCGUCGAAGAGUCAAUACAAGCAAUCAAGAUCACGACGAACCGUUAUUCAUUCGAAAUUGCCUAAAAUAUCUAUGGAUGUUCUAUUCCACUGUGAUUGACAAUUGUGUUUCUGUUGUAACUUUUGCCGUCGUUAUCGUCUUGAUUUUCCUCCUUCCCGUUACUAACACACACAAAACCAAUGAAUUGAAUGAAAUGAAGAAAGUUCUGGAUUUAAUGACGGAGGAAGUAACGCGUGCUGAAGUAGCAUGUCUGGUUGCUGCCGAAGACCUUUGUAGCUUACGUUGCUCGAUUCGUGACGAAGAAACGGAAACAUCAUUUCGCAGACAAAGGAGGUACGAGACCUGUCAAUUUCUACAAGCCCCGGAUUACUCUCGAAGCGAUCGGAGCCCGUUCAAGUUGAAAAGAAAAUCAGUUUCUUUCGCCGUAUCCUCUCCCUCCAUAGAGACAUCUCGAGAAAGGUUAGGCACAUGUAUAACAAAAGGCGCUUAGAUUGACACAUGGUGCACGCGUACACGAUAAUGUAUGCUAAUGGAAGUUCUUUUGUGAAUUUUAUACCUAUAAAUAUUAAUA